AUGGCUUCCAAUGGAGGGCUCAACGACAGUGGCAUCGGCAAAGAUGUCGUCAGAUGUGAUGAGAUUGAACGCUCGUCUGCUGACAAGUCGGAGCCGAAUCGGCAGUUCUCUCCAGAAGAGAUCCAGGGUCGAUUCGACCUCCUUCGCGACUUGAGCAACGCCGAGAUGGAGCAGUUGAACAAGAGCGUGGUGAAGAAAGUUGACUGGCGCAUGAUGCCGACCAUCACAUUGAACUCUAGUUACCUCGACAGGAUCAACGUCUCUAAUGCGAGAUUGGCCGGAAUGCAGGAAGAUCUGCAUAUGUCAGAUACCAUGUGGAAUUUGGGGAUUUCCACCUUCUACAUCGGCUAUCUCAUUGGCCAAUUGCCAGGCAACUUGUGGCUGGCCAAGUCCAAUCCCAGAUGGUUUCUCCCCUCAAUCAUGCUCUUGUGGGGAUCAGCAACGAUCUGCACACCAGCUCUGAAGAACGGCGCAAGUUUCGCUGCCCUUCGCUUCCUCACAGGGUUGUGCGAAGCCCCGUUUUUCCCGGGCAUUACACUUCUGACGUCGUCUUGGUACAACAAGCACGAAAGCCCCAUGCGCAUGGCCGUCUGGCAUGCGGGAAACACCAUCUCCAACAUCAUCUCAGGCUUUCUCGCAGCAGGAAUCCUCACCACAAUGGACGGAGUUAGAAAUCUCCAUUCAUGGCAAUGGUUCUUUCUCAUUGAGGGCAUUGCGACAUUUGUAAUAGGCUUGUCAGCUUUCUUUCUUCUGCCCGACUGGCCGCAAACCACCCGCUUCCUCACGCCCGCUGAGCGAGAGAUGGCACAAUAUAGGAUUUUGUGCUCCAACGGCGGCCAAGAAGAGACCGUAGGUGGAACCUGGGAUGGUCUGAAGGAUGCGGUCAGAGAUCCGUUUACUUGGAUCUUCUGCCUCAUGCACUUUGCUCUCGUCACAGCACAGUCUUUCAAGGACUUCUUCCCAUCUAUAGUAAAGACCUUCGACUUUGGCGAGUUGACAACAUACCUCAUCCAAGCACCUCCCUACGCGUUCUCCUUCAUAUUCGCCUGCGUUUGCGCCUGGUCUUCGGGUCGCAACCAAGAGUCUUUCUGGCACGUCGUCCUGCCAAUCAUCGGCAGCGCUGUCGGCAUCUCUGUCCUCAUAUCGACAAUGAACAUUGGCGCCCGCUACUUUGGCCUGUUCUUACUCAUCUCGGGUACCUACAACGGUCUCAACCUGCAACUUUCUUGGGAGACGUCCGUCGUACCCGCUCCGAGAAGCAAGAAGGCCGCGCUGAUUGCCAUUGCAAACUGCAUCAGCCAAACGAGCCACUGGUUCAGCCCGUACUUUUGGCCGCGCUCGCAGGAGCCUUUUUACCGCCUCGGGGGUGGCUUAGUGCUGGUCGGCUGUCUCUUAGUCGUCACCUCGGCCGGGCUGGCAAAGUGGCGCGCGAUCAAGCUGAACAAGAAGCUGGACGAGGCCGAGGGGUAUUCUGAGCAUUCUGGGGUUGAGAGAGGUUGGCGAUAUGUUUACUGA